AUGCCAUUCAAUCAUUCAAUACCUUUUCUUCCACACAAGAGUUUAGGAAUUCGUCAGCCCAUUUGCAAAGCACUAGAAAACAAAUUCCACAUCCGAAAACCAACCGAAUGUCAGAUUUCCCUGAUACCCACCAUUCUACAAGGAAAAGAUGUUCUCAUCAGAGACGUUACUGGUUCCGGUAAAACAUUUGGUAUGGCGUUGGCAUUACUCAAUAAGACUAGAAACCAACAGGCCUACGGUCGAAAUCAAAAUCGGAUGGGAAGACCGUGUAUCACAAGUUUACUGGUUGUGCCAAGUCGUGAAUUGGCUUAUCAGAUUGAAAAUUGGAUGCGAGUGCUGUUAAGUGAUACCGGACUACCUCUGAAAUCAAUCAUUCAGGUAGUGGCGAGGACAGAUCCAAUGGACGAAUCAAGACAACUGGAUGAUUUGGAAAGCGUACCCCCACAUAUAUUAGUAGGUACCGCGACGAGACUCCAUGAUCUGGCCAAUGCUGGGCACUUGAGCUUCGGGCGUUUGAAAACUCUUGUGUUGGACGAAGCAGACCAUCUGUUGAGGCUUCCAUCAAAACAUGCUACUCUGAAAAAACUUCAAAACAGGCAGAUACAUCCCAAACCCGCGGAACUAUUGACUCAGCAUGUUUUUGAUCAAGCAAAACCGCAAAUUGUUGUGUCGUCGGCAACCCUCAAUCGAGCACUGAGGUAUUAUUUCAAAGAUAACAGAUACUGCGAGGAUCCCGUGUUUAUUGACAUUUCCGAGGGAACCUUGUCGCCACCGACAAUAGAACAUCAUUGUCUCUUGAUUUCGACCAAAGAAAUAAAAAACAUUACAUCGACCGAAUUCUCCUGGUAUAAUCCUUUCACCGAUAACCAUUCGUCAGAAGUGAAAGAAGAUAUAAAGGAUGAUGACGAUUUGAUGUUAGAUAGUCUGAUCGGGGCAUUGGAAUUUGAGAAUGUGACGUGUGGUAUCAUUUUCGUGAACAAUCAGAUUAAAUUACCGAGUUUAAUUAAACGCCUGCUUAAGUAUGGUGUGGAGGCCAAAGAAUUGGAGGGCUCCUAUAUGAACCAGGGAGAAAUCAAGCGCAAAUUGUUUGUUGCACACGAAUUCACGGCUAGGGGAAUCGACAUUCCCCUGGUGUCACAUGUUUUUAUCCUAGGAAUGCCUUCGUCGUCGAUCGAAUAUUUGCACAUGUCAGGGCGUACGGGAAGGAUGGGUCGCGGGGGGAAGGUGAUAACUUUUAUAAGUGAAGGACGGAAGAGACUAAUUAAAACAUUGUUCACAUUAUUGAAAUUGAAUCCAAGCCCAUAUCCGCAUGUACAAUAA